AUGGUACAGGAUAAUGAGGCUAAGGCUGCUGAGCUUUUCCGCUCACUAACGAUAAGCCAAAUCAGAGAAAUAAGCCAUAACUUGGAGGUUCAAUCUGAUGAGAAGACCAAUGAAUUGCGAACGUUAGUAGGGUCAAAAUAUAGAUCUCUCUUGUCAACAGCUGAAAAUAUCAUGCUUAUGAACAAGAUAGUUCAGGAUCAGGAUAAGAAACUCAGUGAUUUGUGCGAAUUGAAUGACAACCAAACCGGAAACUUGGAUAAAUUAUUGAAGAAUUAUCACGUAUUCAUCGAUACCAAUGUUUUGAAUACUAAUAAACUGAACCAAAACAAUGAAAAAUCUCUCAGAGUGGCAUUUUUAACUUUACAAAGCUCUAUUGAUGGUUUGGUAAUCUCUGUCAAGAACCAUCUUGCCAAGAAUUUGAAUUUCAACCCGUUGAUUGAUGUUAAAUUAAUCCAUAUCUCCAAAGAGUUUUAUGUGUUUGAAAAAUUGCUAGUAAAGAUAGAAUUGAACGAUAAAAGAAAUACUCUAUAUCAAAAGUUCGUGAGAUUGAAGAGUCAAUAUUUGAGUUUUUUGUCGGGCUUGAUAAUAAAGUCAAAUAGCCACUCGAUAGAAUACCUAAACAAUAAUGCCUUCAUAACCGUUUUAGUAUCCCUAAUAUUGGUAUUGAAUUUGGACUUGUUUGGCAUUUUGAAAUACUAUAUUGACUUGAAAUCAAAGGUGUUAACUAACCUUUUCGAGCACCCUGCUUUUGUCAAUCUCAAAAAUCUUUCAACUUUUAGAAAUACCCUUAGCUACUUAUACUUGUCACUAACCUACUUGGAAGUGUUUUUCCCAGACAAAUAUGGCAGUUUCCCAAAGACUUUCCUCAAUCAAAUAAUCAAAAAUUUGAACUUUCAGAGCUCACAAUUUAAGGCCAAUUUGAAGUCCAAAUACGCAUCAAUUCUUAAUAAUUUCGAUGGUUUUGAUGAGUUUUUGAGUUCUUGUGAGUUCACGUACUCUAUGUCGAAUUAUAAAGAUCAAUUUUCAGAUGAGUCAGCCCUUAUGGAUAUUAUCAAGCUAUGGAAAUCAGAAAUCGUCAAUAAUUUUUCCAAGAGUUUUGAAAAGGGUUUGAAUUAUGCGAUCGAACAUUCCCUGGUACGUUCCGGCAAAACUCAUAAACCAUUCACCAGACUAAUUGACUUAAUAAAGGUCACAGUCAAAGAGUUCAAGAGUAUCCAUUCGAGCGCGCUUACCACACUCAUGUUACCGAAUGGCGAUGACCUUUUGAAAAACUUGAUUAUUAUCUGGAAAACCAACAUCACAAAUAUUUUAGCUACGCAAAUUGACCAAAUCAUGUCAGUGUCUAAAAGUAUGGCCACUUAUCUUCAUACCCAACCAAUAACUGAGUAUUCUAAUGAAGGACUUUGGUCAACAGCCGAGAAUGAUAUGCAAAUUAAGGAUGUAAAUGCUUACUUAUUGAAAGUUUCGAGUUUGACAUCCAUGAACCUAGAUCUUUCAAAGAAAACGACAACAACAUCUCCUCCAAACUUAAUCAAUGUAUCAAGUGAAUUGAUAAAUUUUUUUUCUAAUUUGAAAAUUGUUUUGAAAGUAUUUAACGUUGGCAUCAUGCAGAAUUUGAUUUCUAAUAAUUUCGAUUCUAGUGGGAGUGAUCCAAUGAUACAUGAGAUGAAUAUCAACGAAGAGUUCUUUAAUGAUCAUGAUUUUGAUGCUUAUCAGAACUCUGAGGCUAUCGAAACUUUCUUGACAGAGUACAAGGACCACUUUACGGUAAUUUAUGAUGAAAUUCGGGAACAGUAUUUUGAAAAAUUGUUACUUGAAAGAUUUACGAAUUUCUUGGAACAAAUAUUCGGGUUAGUCUCAAAAGAAACAGAAAAUGGGUACAUUAGUUACGUUGAUGUUUUAAAAGUUUUAUUGAUCUUCCGUAAAUCAAUUAAAGAUCAGGGGUUGAAAGAUUUAUUGGUUAUUGAUAGUGAUCAAAGUGAGUUUUCUUCAAAAACUAACAAUAAAAUGAAAGAAAGUAUUUCAUUCAUAUUUAAGAGAACUAAUGAAGUCAUUGAUUAUUAUUACUCAAGAAUCACCUCAGAAUUUACCAAAGAGCUUUACCAAGAUUUCGUUCAUAUUGUUCUCAAAAGAUUCUUGUCGUUUGAUGAAGGUGAAUUAGAAAAAAUUACUAUUGACAAACCUAAAACAAUACCCAACUCAUCUUUCACCACUCUUGCGGCAGAAAUCGAGAAUGAUAUCUCCGUGGAUACACUAUUAAAUACCGGUGCUACUGCUGUGAAUUUCUCCAGCAUUAAAGAAAAACCAGAUCAUGAAUUACACCUUGAGAUGCCUACGGAGAAGGAAGUAUGGGAAGACGGUUUGCCAACAUUACCCUCGACAAGCGUAUCAUUAUUGUUGUACAACUUCUGUGAGUUCCUCGUUAGUGGGGAUAAAGACUCUAUUGGAAGCGAUUAUUUGGAUUUGUAUAAAUCUCCUGGUUUUAAGAAGUUCAGAGUCAAGAUAAUCAUCACUUUAUUGACAUUUUUCAAGGAAACGUUGGCUGUGGUUAGUGAAACAUUGAACGAGGAUAAAUCAUCAUCUACCCAAUUCUUGAGAGAGAAUCUUUUAGUUUCUCUUGCGGAUUUCUAUCAUUUAUUGAAUUUUGUGGGUACUGAAGGUAAAUUGCAAGACUUGACAGACCAAUUUAAACAAAUAUUGAAUGAUAUCGCCAAACAUUCUAGAGAGGCAUUAUUUACUGAGGUAGAUGACAAGUUCAUUUCCAGGAAGAUACAUGAGAACUUCGAGCAAGAAAGAUUGCUCUAUUUACCAUUAUCAUAA